UCUAAGAGUUUCUGGAAACUACGAAGGCCCCCUUUUUAAGAACCCUCAGCUGUCGUCGCCUCCGCUCUUCGAGUACCCUAAUCUGGUCUCUACCGAAGCCCACCAUGUAUCGCGCCAUGGCCUCCCUCGCCUCCAGAGCCCGGGUUGCGGGAAGCAGCUCCAAACAGAUUGGAAGUAGGGUUGGUUGGAGUAGAAAUUACGCUGCAAAGGAUAUCAGAUUUGGGGUCGAGGCUCGUGCUUUGAUGCUUAAGGGAGUGGAAGAGCUUGCUGAUGCGGUGAAGGUGACGAUGGGCCCAAAGGGUCGCAAUGUCGUCUUAGAGCAAAGCUUUGGUGCACCCAAAGUUACAAAGGAUGGUGUGACUGUUGCAAAGAGCAUCGAGUUCAAGGACAGAAUAAAGAAUAUGGGUGCUAGUCUUGUGAAGCAGGUUGCCAAUGCAACCAAUGAUGUUGCUGGUGAUGGAACAACAUGUGCUACCAUCCUUACAAAAGCAAUAUUUGCUGAAGGAUGUAAGUCAGUGGCUGCCGGGAUGAAUGCAAUGGAUCUGAGACGUGGCAUUUCAAUGGCUGUUGAUGCUGUGGUGACUAAUUUGAAGAGCAGAGCAAGAAUGAUUAGUACCUCAGAAGAGAUAGCUCAGGUUGGAACAAUAUCAGCUAAUGGAGAAAGAGAAAUUGGUGAACUAAUUGCAAAAGCUAUGGAGAAAGUUGGCAAAGAGGGAGUCAUCACAGUAGCAGAUGGGAAAACUCUAGACAAUGAACUAGAAGUCGUUGAAGGAAUGAAAUUUGAUCGAGGCUACAUAUCACCCUACUUUAUUACUGAUCCAAAGAACCAAAAAUGUGAACUUGAAGAUCCUCUGAUUUUGAUUCAUGAGAAGAAAAUUUCAAGCAUCAAUGCAGUUGUGAAGGUGUUAGAGUUGUCUUUGAAGAGACAGAGACCUUUGCUGAUUGUUGCAGAAGACAUAGAAAGUGAUGCACUGGCCACUCUCAUCCUUAAUAAGCUUCGUGCUGGGAUUAAGGUUUGUGCUGUGAAAGCUCCCGGCUUUGGGGAGAACAGGAAAGCCAAUUUGCAAGACCUUGCUAUUCUCACUGGGGGAUCUCUCAUAACAGAAGAACUUGGUUUGAACCUUGAGAAAGUGGAACUUGACAUGCUUGGCACAUGCAAAAAGGUGACAAUCUCAAAAGACAACACUGUGAUUCUUGAUGGAUCUGGUGAAAAGAAGGCUAUAGAAGAGAGAUGUGACCAGAUAAGAUCUGCAAUUGAAUUGAGCACAUCAGACUAUGACAAAGAGAAGCAGCAAGAGAGGUUGGCAAAGCUUUCUGGUGGAGUUGCUGUCCUCAAGAUUGGAGGGGCCAGUGAAGCAGAAGUUGGUGAGAAAAAAGACAGAGUCACAGAUGCCUUAAAUGCAACAAAAGCGGCUGUUGAAGAGGGAAUUGUCCCAGGUGGUGGUGUUGCACUUCUUUAUGCAUCUAAAGAGCUGGAUAAGUUACAGACUGCAAACUUUGAUCAAAAGAUUGGUGUCCAAAUAAUUCAGAAUGCUCUGAAGACUCCAGUUCACACCAUUGCAUCCAAUGCUGGAGUAGAGGGGGCUGUGGUUGUUGGCAAGCUUUUGGAACAGGAUGAACUUGACCUUGGCUAUGAUGCAGCCAAAGGCGAGUACGUCGACAUGGUGAAAGCUGGUAUUAUUGACCCGUUGAAGGUCAUCAGAACUGCAUUGGUGGAUGCUGCAAGUGUUUCGUCCUUGAUGACCACGACUGAGUCGGUCAUCGUUGAACUCCCCAAGAAUGAGGAUGCUCCUGCUAUGGGUGCUGGAAUGGGAGGAAUGGGAGGAAUGGACUACUAAUUUCUUCAAGUUUUGCAGGUUCAUUGAGAACAUUUGAAAUUUUGAGUACUGAUUGGAGGAGGCAAGUUGAUGUGUCUAUUGAUUGGCAGCACUCCUUUUCCUUUGCUCUUCGAGGUACGUACCAAUUACUGUGAUUUAAAAAUGGAACACUUGUUUCUGCUUCCAUUGGAGAAAAGUUGUCUUUCUUGCUGCCAGAAGGACUGUUUUUUGUGAUUGUAACAAACGUUUAGAUGAUAAUUUCCAUUGGAAGAUUGGAAGACUAUAAAUGGUUCAUCAAU